CUUCUAUCUAAUAUAGUGCUGUUUAUAUGUACAAUAUUUAUAUAUAUACAAAAUGUUCUCAUAAAUAUUUUGUGUUAGAAAAUUAAGUGCAUAUGAAACGUGUUGUUUGUGAUAUAGAUAUAAAAUAUCAUGAUAUCAUUUUACAGGAGAAUAAUUCAUAAAGUAAAACGAUUUAAUAAUUGUAUAAAUGUUAAAUGGAAAGAUAAUCUGAAUCAUCAUUGUAUCAACUGGCUCUACAAAAUGAGAGUGUCAAAAACAACCACGACCGCACUGAUCACGUCAUGGAUAAUACUCUCAAUGUUUUAUUAUAACAUCUACAACUUAAUAUCUUACAAUAAUACUCUAAAAAAUAAGUUUUAUGAUAUGCAAAUUGAUAAUAAUAGAUCUAGUCAUCAGUUCGUAAAUGUUAAUAACAAUCCCCAAGAUAUACUGUUAAACACACCCGGAUGUUAUAUACCAAACUAUGGGAAAAAAAUAAUAUUUAAAGAAGCAGAUUACCGUAGCAGUAAAUGCGGCCCCAGAGCAGUGUCCAUAAAGAAGGUAUCUGAUGACGAGAUUGUAUUCUUAAUAGAUAAAAGCAAAUUAAAUACUUACACGAAGAACAAACAUUAUUCUUGUUGUUAUAAAUUCGUCAGUAGAUCUACAGAUCCUGGAGUAAGCGACGUGAAAAUCACAUAUACAUCGUGUGUUACAUUCAACAAUGGAACAACAAUAAAAUUAAAUGAGGAAGUCAUUACGGUAACUUGUGGCGUCAGCCCUGACAAAAAGUUCAAAGUUAUUUAUGAAGAUGCUUACAUGUUGAUAAAGAAGAAAAACAGCAGCAAUCAUGAAGAAAACAAUAAUAAGUCCUGGAAUGUACUACUAUUGGGCAUGGACACGAUGUCGCGAGCUAGGGCUUACUACAAUUUGCCUUUUACUAUGGAAUACUUUCAACGACAGGACUGGCUAGACUACAGGGGUUAUCAUAAGGUGGGUUUCAAUACAUAUCCGAAUGUAAUGUCCUUAUUAACCGGGAAUAAAGUAGAAAAAAUGUACAGAAAGUGCAAACCGAACAUGAAUCAUUGCAACGACCAUAUAAUCUGGACAAAAUUUAAAAACGCUGGCUUUAAAACGGCAUAUGGUGAAGACAAUUUAUCACUUCCCGAUACAUUCUACAAUUAUGGCGGCUUUGAAAGCGUACCGACUGACCACUACAUGCGACCCUUAUUCUUAACCGGAGAAACAUCUAAGGGCAAUGUUGUAUGCACCAAGAAAAUGCCUUCUGGCAAACAUAUACUAGAUUAUGCCCAUCAAUUUAUGCAUGCCUAUCAGGAUGAAAAUUUCUUUGGUUUCUUUUGGAUAAAUUCCUACAGCCAUAAUCUAGUGGACAUUCCUGGUCUGUUAGACAAACACUUAGUCAAUUUAUUUGAAAACGUAUCCGAUACAGUUUUGAACAACACUUUCAUUAUAUUCUUAAGUGACCACGGUAUUAGGUACGGUGAAAUGAGGUAUCAAAUGGAGUCGUAUUACGAGGAACGUUUACCUAUGUUUUUUGUAUGGGUUCCAUAUGAGUUUAGGGAACGCCAUAAGGAGAAAUAUAACAAUCUCCAGUUGAACCAAUAUCGCCUAACAACACCGUACGACUUACAUGCAACUUUUUGGGAAAUAUUAAAGAUGACCAAUGACUCGAUAGACAUAACUAAGCCCGCGGCAUGUCCCGAAUGUACUAGUAUAUUUGAAGAAAAACCACCCCAUCGUACAUGUGCGGAUGCAGCAAUCGACAAAAAAUGGUGCGGCUGUCACAAUUUGGUUCCGGUGGACACAAAAGACGUCGAUGUCCACAACAGCUUACAAUUAACAAUUUCACACAUACAAAAUAUAUCGCAAAAUGUUAAAACUAAAGACUGUAUGAAGUGCAGUGAAUUUACAUUGAAAACAGUGCUGAGAAGUCAUUCAUACAUUGACAGUGCUUAUAACAAAAAGUAUUAUGUAGUGGCGUUUCUACUAUCGCCUGGUGACGUAGGGUACGAGGCUACUGUAGAAAAAGACAACGCUGUGCUUACAGAACUGCAGCCUACAACAACAAUAACCCAAUACAACACCAGGGGAAAUUGUGUCAUAAAACCUAAUGACCGAUCGUACUGUGUAUGUGAAAAGGUUCCAAAAUGUUUUAAAAAGCACAAAACAAAAUAGUUUGUUAUAUUUAGAUUUAAUUAUAAUUACUUAGUGUAUAAUAUAAACGGUUUUGUCAUUUCGAACCCUGCUCGACUUAUCUAUAGCCAUUAUCACACUGAAUAGGCGUCCUACUAACUUAAUAAAUCUGAAAGUGUGUACAGAUGUUUGGACGUUUGUUACUUUAUUCACUCUUAAACGGCUGGAUUU